GCGGCCGCGUUGCCUGCUGGGAAAUGUAGUUCAGCGGUGGCCGAGCCCUUCAGGCCUGGCCGCUACAAUAAGGCGGGCGAACUCGCAGGGCUUGAAUACCCAUGGCCUAACCGUCCACUCGGAAGACCGGCCCCGCUCGGGAGGCUCUGGAGUCGCGCCUGGGGUCAGGGCAGGGGUCGAAUGCGGCUCGCCUUCUAGGCCUCCCUGGGUGAGAAUGUGGUAGACUGGCAGGAAGGCGGCGGAGGCGGACGAGACCAAUGCCAGCCUGGAGGAGGAAGUGGGAAGGGUGAAUCCAAGUGGAGACUGUAGGGGUGGGAGUGGGGCGUGGCGCCCGCUUACCCUGAGGCCGGGUUGGAAAGAGACUAUUUUAACAAGUGUCACGCCAUGCUUUUGCCAACUUUCCAGUUAAAGGUUGACAUUCCUGCAUAAGCAGUUCUCUGUGAAAAUGUCCUUGCCUCUUACAGAGGAGCAGAGGAAAAAGAUUGAAGAGAAUCGACAAAAGGCUCUGGCCCGCAGAGCUGAGAAGUUAUUGGCAGAACAGCGUCAGAGGACUAGCUCGGGCACCUCCAUUGCUGGCAACCCAUUCCAGUCCAAGCAAGGCCCAUCCCAAAAUUUCCCAAGGGAGUCUUGUAAGCCAGUGAGCCAUGGUGUCAUUUUCAAGCACCAGAAUCUCAGUAGCUCAUCUAAUGCUGACCAAAGACCUCAUGAUUCCCACAGUUUUCAGGCAAAGGGAAUAUGGAAAAAGCCAGAAGAAAUGCCCACAGCCUGCCCAGGCCACAGUCCAUGUAGUCAAAUGGCUGUCACUGGAAUCUCUCCUCCCUUGGCACAAAGUCCUCCAGAGGUCCCUAAACAACAGCUCUUGAGUUAUGAGUUAGGUCAAGGUCAUGCUCAGGCUUCACCUGAGAUCAGGUUCACACCCUUUGCUAACCCAAGUCAUGAGCCUCUGGCCAAAGCAAAGAGUUCCCAAGAGACACCAACUCAUUCCUCUGGACAGCCUCGCAGGGAUGCUAAAUUAGAGGCCAAGACAGCAAAAGCCUCCACCUCAGGGCAGAACAUUUCUUACGUCCAUUCUAGCUCAGAGAAUGUAAUGCCCAGGACAGAAGGAAGACUCCAACAGAAGUCAGGGUCCUCAGUCCAAAAAGGAGUGAACUCUCAGAAGGGAAAGUGCAUAAGGAACGGCGAUCGUUUCCAGGUGUUGAUUGGGUACAAUGCGGAACUCAUUGCAGUGUUUAAGAGCCUGCCCAGCAAGAGUUAUGAUCCUGGCACCAAGACUUGGAACUUCAGCAUGAAUGACUAUAGUGCCCUGAUGAAAGCAGCCCAGUGCCUCCCAACGGUCAACCUGCAGCCUCUGGAAUGGGCCUAUGGCAGCAGCGAGUCACCCUCCACCAGCAGUGAGGGACAGGCCGGACUUCCAUUAGCUCCAUCCCUUUCGUUUGUCAAAGGGCGAUGCAUGCUCAUCUCCAGGGCCUACUUCGAGGCAGACAUCAGUUAUUCACAGGACCUGAUUGUGCUUUUUAAACAGAUGGAUUCCAGAAGAUAUGAUGUCAAGACCAGGAAGUGGAGCUUUCUCUUGGAAGAGCACAGUAAACUAAUUGCAAAGGUGCGCUGCCUCCCACAAGUUCAGCUGGACCCUCUGCCCACGACCCUCACCCUGGCGUUUGCUUCUCAGCUCAAGAAGACAUCUCUCAGUCUCACGCCAGAUGUCCCAGAGGCAGACCUUUCUGAAGUGGACCCCAAGCUCGUGUCUAAUCUCAUGCCCUUUCAGAGAGCUGGAGUCAAUUUUGCCAUAGCCAAAGGAGGCCGCCUGCUGCUCGCUGACGACAUGGGCCUGGGGAAGACCAUCCAAGCCAUCUGCAUCGCAGCCUUUUACCGGAAGGAGUGGCCGCUCCUGGUGGUGGUGCCAUCCUCUGUGCGCUUCACCUGGGAGCAGGCCUUCCUUCGGUGGCUGCCAUCUCUGAGCCCAGAUUGCAUCAACGUCGUGGUGACUGGGAAGGACCGCCUGACAGCUGGCCUGAUCAACAUUGUCAGCUUUGACCUUCUUAGCAAGUUGGAAAAACAGCUAAAAACCCCUUUUAAAGUUGUCAUCAUUGAUGAAUCUCACUUCCUCAAAAACAGUAGGACUGCCCGCUGUCGAGCAGCUAUGCCAGUUCUAAAGGUUGCCAAGAGGGUGAUCCUGUUGUCGGGCACACCAGCCAUGUCCCGGCCCGCAGAGCUCUACACGCAGAUCAUCGCAGUCAAGCCAACUUUCUUCCCCCAGUUUCAUGCCUUUGGACUUCGCUACUGUGAUGCCAAGCGGAUGCCUUGGGGGUGGGACUACUCAGGUUCCUCCAACCUGGGAGAGCUGAAGCUCCUGCUGGAGGAAGCGGUCAUGCUGCGGCGCCUCAAGUCCGACGUCCUUUCCCAGCUGCCUGCCAAGCAGCGCAAGAUAGUGGUGAUUGCCCCAGGACGGAUCAAUGCCAGGACCAGAGCUGCCCUGGACGCUGCAGCCAAGGAAAUGACCACCAAGGACAAAACUAAACAGCAGCAGAAAGACGCCCUCAUUCUCUUCUUCAACAGAACAGCUGAAGCUAAAAUCCCAUCUGUCAUUGAAUAUAUCUUGGACCUACUGGAAAGUGGAAGAGAGAAGUUUCUAGUGUUUGCACACCAUAAGGUGGUCCUGGACGCAAUUACACAAGAGCUUGAGAGAAAGCACGUGCAGCACAUCCGCAUCGACGGCUCCACCUCAUCAGCUGAGCGGGAGGACCUGUGCCAGCAGUUCCAACUGUCGGAGAGGCAUGCCGUGGCCGUGCUGUCCAUCACCGCUGCCAAUAUGGGCCUCACCUUCUCCUCGGCUGACCUGGUGGUGUUCGCUGAGCUGUUUUGGAACCCAGGGGUGCUGAUCCAGGCUGAGGACCGCGUGCACCGCAUUGGACAGACCAGCUCCGUGGGCAUUCACUACCUCGUGGCAAAGGGCACAGCUGAUGACUACCUUUGGCCCCUGAUUCAAGAGAAGAUUAAAGUUCUGGCAGAAGCCGGGCUUUCUGAGACCAAUUUUUCAGAAAUGACAGAAUCCACUGAUUACCUCUACAAGGACCCAAAGCAGCAGAAGAUCUAUGACCUAUUCCAGAAGUCCUUUGAGAAAGAAGGAAGUGAUAUGGAGCUCCUGGAAGCAGCAGAGUCCUUUGACCCAGGAAGUGCUUCAGGAACAUCUGGAAGUAGUUCCCAGAACAUGGGAGACACCCUGGAUGAAAGCUCAUUGACAGCCAGUCCCCAGAAGAAAAGGAGAUUUGAAUUUUUUGAUAACUGGGACAGUUUUACCUCUCCCCUGUAAAAGGGACAAAAAGAAAAAAAUAAAAAGCAUUUUAAAAUCAUGGAAUUAAAAUAAAA